AUCUCAUCAGUUUUAAAGUGAGUUUUAUGAUUCCUGUUCUGUAUUUAAAAAACAAGCAAAACUCCUUAGAAAUUUGGCAAAGUCAGGAGAUACCUUUUAUUUAAUGUUGGAGAACAUAGAAUAUAGAAAAAUUUGGGGGCACUUGAGCUUGAAGUGUUGAUUUUGCUAUUGCUCUAAAUGAAAACUACCCUUGGGCUUUACUAUAGCCUAGUUAGGGCAUUUCCUAGUUCAAGACAUAAAAAUGUAAUAAUGGGGCUGGUUUCCCUGCUUUGCAAUGUACGUGGUGAUCCCUACACAUAAUGAGGGUUUUGUGGGAAACAGGAAGCAAUUAUAUAGGAUUUUAAACUUUUUUUAUUUUGAGAUAAUUAUAUAUUCACAUUCAGUUGUAAGAAAUAGUAUGGAAAUCCUGUAGAGAGAGUAGAUUUUGCUCCAUUUUCUCCAGUGGUGGCACCUUGCAAACUGUAGUGCAAGCGGGAAGGUGCCACUGACAGAAUCCAUCGACUUGCCGAGGCUGCCCCUGCUGUAUCUGCACUCCUGUGCGCAUGUGUGUCUAGGCCUAUGCAGUUUUAUCACACGUGUAGAUUUGUGUCAACAUACAGGACAAUGCCAUCCCACGAGGACCCUGCUUCGUUCUUAUAGCCACAGCCAUGUUCCUCCCACUUCCCUAACCCCUGACAACCACUCAUCUGUCCUCCGUUUCUAUAAUUUUGUCAUUUCAAGUAUAUCAUGUAAAUGGAAUCAUACAGUAUGUGACCUUCUGAGAUUCUCUUUUCACUCAGCCUUGAGAUCUACCCAAGGUGUUGCAUAUGUCAAUAUCUAGAUGCAGAUAUUUUAAGAAUUUAUUAUAAAAACACAUUACAGAAACCCAUUAGACCCAGAGACAGCAAAGUGUCUUUUUAAUAAUUAAAAAUAACAAUAACAAAGUAACACUGAAGCUAGAAAUAUUUACUAAUUUAUUCAAGAAAAAACAUACUACAGUUUAGUAGUCAUGGGAUUUUGUAGCUAAGUUUGAAGGUAAAAUGAAAGGAGUUUAUGAAAAAGGGUCGUUCGUAUUUCAAAGGCCUGUAAAUAAUUUCAAUUUCGUGUUCAUGUUAUAAGUGUGUUUCAUUGGAAAAUUUCAGUAUAACUACAACUAAAAUCCUCAGAGUUUCUCAUAAAAAUUAAUAGCUCCCUCAGGUGUAGAGUAGAGGGAUAACUGUUCAACUGCAGGAGCCUGGUUGAGGAAGGAACCAGAAGUGAAUGUAGAGGGUGUCAUUCAUGUGCAGACUGUUGCAAGCUAUUUUUCUGAAGCAUGGAAUCCAUAAAAGAAUCACUUUCUCAGAACUUUUGGGGAAAGCAGGCAUCAUAAACGAAGCAUCGCAGAGUUCUGUCUUGGUUCUGGAAAGUUCUAAAAGGAACUUGUGAAGGAGCUGUUGAAUUUCUCUCCCUGGAACAAGAGAGGCUGAGCAAUUGAAUGAGUCAUUAAAAUAACAGGUCAACUAUAUUGCUAGGUAUGACUAAAUGAUGAGUUAAUUGUUUAUUUUUGAGGUGUAACAUGUAGUUCUGAAGAUUGUGUUGACACUGACAUAAAAUUGAGUAAUUGGAACAGCCCAUUCUCAUUUGUCUAGGAAGUCAGCUGCUCUGGGUGACUGAAUGUUCCAUGUAGCGCUAGCUUAUCCCUUUAGGCACAAAGUCUCUGAAAAUGUAUUGAAAUUGAACGCUUUCUUCUUGAUUAGAAUGUAGUCUUUUCUUGGUGACUUGUGUUUGUUGUUUUGAACGUCAGUGACUAUACUAUUGUCUACCCAGUAGUAUUUUCAGGGUCUAUUGAAGUGCCUCACUCAGUGACCUAGCCUCUGGGCUUUUGAAGUCUCUGUUAUUCGGGAGGUUUGUCUGUCUUGGUCUGUUGGCUGUCCUUUCUUGGUUUGGUCAGAAUGCCAUCUCUAGAAAUGGCCAUGCUUUUAAUUUUUGCUGCAUCUAAUCUGCUUUGCCUGGGAAACCAGAUGAAACACAGGAGAAUUCGGGUUAACAGUGAAUUUAAAGUAUAGAUUUAUGUUUUCGUAAGCAGAUCCCCAGGUGGGGGAGUAUUGGUGUAUUGGACAGUUGAGUGAGAAUUCUUGACACCACAGUCCACAAGAUGCCACUAUUCGGAAUGACUGGACAGUGAAUGCAGGUAUUAAUGUUUCCUUGUUUCCUUUAAGCUGUGAAUCCGGGGUAAGUGUUAGUUUUUGUUUUGUGUUCUUUUUUGGCACAACUGCUUGUGGCAGUGUUCUCCUGGUUGCCAGUUUCCAUGGUAUUUCCCAGAGCUUAUCUUGCUUGUCCCCCUCACAUUUGUGAUCUCUCCCUUCUUUGGGAUCUGCCUUCCAUCCUCUGAGACCACAUCACUGACUGCUGCUUCCACCUGCUCUGAAACAACACUCUUGUCAGGGGCUCAGCCCUGCCCUCUGCCUGUCACUGUCUGGACCCCACUACAGCUGCAGAGACCUUCCGCAGUCACCUAAACUGAAAAUGUGUAUCUAAGAUGUGAGCUCGACACAGCAGAAGGCCUUGGCGUAGCUGCCCUGCCCUUGUGCUUGGACCAUGAAGGUUUUAGGAGAGCGUCUCUUCUGGGUGUCGCUUCCACUGCUUCACCUGACCACCAGCGCUGCAGACCACGGAGAGGUGGCGAGGCACGCGAUCAAGUUACACUGGGGAAGGGGCGCGGCCGUCGCUCAGAGGCGGCAGUGGGUCCUGGGCAGCUGUAGGAAGCUCUCCGGGCUUCUUCGCCAGAAGGAUGUGGUUCUGAACAAACUGAAAGAUGCAAUCAGAGCUGUGGAAGAAGACGCUGGCCUGUUGGAUGGAGAGAAGCUGUUCCGGGUGCACACAUUUGAGAUUUUCCAGAAGGAGCUAAAUGAGAGUGAAAACUCGGUCUUCCAGGCUAUCCACGGGCUUCAGAGAGCCCUGCAGGGAGACUACAGGGACGUGGUGAACAUGAAGGAGAGCAGCCGGCAGCGGCUGGAGGCCCUGAGAGAGGCUGCCAUCAAGGAAGAGACAGAAUAUAUGGAACUUCUGGCAGCAGAAAAGCAUCAAGCUGAAGCCUUUAAAAAUAUGCAGCAUCAAAAUGAAAGCCUGUCCAUGCUUGAUGAAAUCCUUGAAGACGUGAGAAAGGCAGCAGAUCGUCUGGAGGAGGAAAUCGAGGAGCACGCUUUCGAUGACAAUAAAUCAGUCAAAGGGGUCAAUUUUGAGGCAGUUCUGCGGGUGGAGGAAGAAGAGGCCAUUUCCGAGCAGAAUAAGACACGACGGGAAGCGGAGGACAGCUUGGGCCUCAGUAUGCUGAUAGACUCGCAGAACAACCGGUACAUUCUGACCAGGCCCAGAGACGCGACCAUCCCACGUGCAGACCGCCACUUCCUCAAGGACAUUGUUACCAUAGGAAUGUUGUCUUUACCUUGUGGCUGGCUGUGCACGACAGUAGGACUGCCUACGAUGUUUGGGUAUAUUAUUUGUGGUGUGCUUCUGGGACCUUCAGGACUGAACAGUAUUAAGUCUAUUGUUCAAGUGGAGACAUUAGGAGAAUUUGGGGUGUUCUUUACUCUUUUUCUUGUUGGCUUAGAAUUUUCCCCAGAAAAGCUGAGAAAGGUGUGGAAGAUAUCCUUACAAGGACCGUGCUACAUGACACUGUUAAUGAUUGCGUUCGGCUUGCUGUGGGGACACCUUCUGCGAGUCGGGCCCACUCAGAGUGUCUUCAUCUCCACCUGCCUGUCUUUGUCGAGCACACCCUUAGUGUCCCGAUUCCUUGUGGGCAGUGCUCGGAGCGAUAAAGAAGCAGGCGACGUCGACCACGGUGCAGUGCUGCUGGGGAUGCUGGUGACGCAGGAUGUGCAGCUAGGCCUGUUCAUUGCCAUCCUGCCGACUCUUAUCCAGGCAGGGGCAAGCGCUUCUUCUAGCAUUGUCAUGGAAAUACUGCGAAUACUGGCUUUGAUUGGUCAGAUUCUUUUUUCACUGGCUGCUGUUUUUCUUUCAUGUCUUGUCAUGAAGACUUACCUCAUAGGACCGUACUAUCGAAAGCUGCACAUGGAAAGCAAAGGAAACAAAGAAAUCCUUGUCUUAGGGUUAUCUGCCUUCAUCUUUUUAAUGUUAACGGUAACGGAGCUGCUGGACGUCUCCAUGGAGCUGGGCUGCUUCCUGGCCGGUGCCCUGGUCUCCUCCCAGGGCCACAUGGCCACCGAGGAGAUCACGUCUUACAUCGAGCCCAUUCGCGACUUCCUGGCCAUCGUCUUCUUUGCAUCGAUAGGGCUGCACGUCUUCCCUACCUUUGUGGUGUAUGAGCUCACGGUGUUGGUGUUCCUCACCUUGGUGGUGGUGCUCACGAAGUUUGUUUUGGCAGCGCUGGUCUUGUCUCUCAUCCUGCCAAGGAGCAGCCAGUACAUCAAGUGGAUCGUCUCCGCGGGAUUGGCCCAGGUCAGCGAGUUUUCCUUUGUCCUGGGGAGCCGAGCGCGAAGAGCUGGCAUCAUCUCGCGGGAGGUGUACCUUCUUAUACUGAGUGUGACCACGCUCAGCCUCCUACUUGCCCCGGUGCUGUGGAGAGCUGCAGUUACAAGAUGUGUGCCCAGACCAGAGAGACGGCCAAGUCUCUGAUGGACCAAGAUGCUGGCUUUGGACAGGGGAACCUCUGCGGGCAGCGAGUUCUUCUCAGGGGCCUGUGACUGCUCAUCCCUGUGGCCUCAUGCCCUGGGGACAGAAAAACACUAGCAAAGAGCAGUGUCUUCAUGCUUGCCUGGCUUCUGCAGAAUAUUCCUGUCGUGUUUUAGAAUUUUCCAGAGUGAUUUAUUUGCAGUCAGUCGGUUGUGUGCAGUGGAGCUAUAACACUGCGUUUUACAAAUCGCCUUGACUGUUUUGCCUGGACGUGCCUUUUCCCAAAAUUAUUAACUUUCUAUUGUUAAUUCAUCAAUUCAUGACUCUUUUGGUAAAAAAAAAUUAGAAAGGCUUUUUAUUUAUUGUACAACUUUAGGAUUAUAAUCUGGUCAAAUAUUUGUUAUUAAAAAUUUCUGUGAUAUGAAAUUUUAAUUCUGGCAUUGUGUUUGGAAGCUUACUCUUAAAGCCUA